CAUCACAAGAUCAAUAAGUGAUAAGCGCAUAUAUGUCUAUAUUUUUGUCCCCUAAAAUUAGUCUUAUGGUUGUCUUCUAUGUGUUAUUUUAUAAUAUUUGUUGACUUUUAUUAAUAAGUGAUUUAUUUAUGUCCAUAUUAUAUUUUAUUGAAUAAUUAGCUUAAAUAGUGUGUUAUUUUAUUAUAGGUAUUUUACAAGUUCACUUUGCUAAAGGAAGACAACAAGACUAGAAGAAAGAAGAGAACAAAAGAAAAGAAAAAAAAUAAAAUAAUAAAGUGAGCAAACUCACGUGAGGUUGGAAGUAAAAGAAAGAAAACAAAGGGAUUGUAACCCUCCUUAUCUGUAUAAUCAACAAAACUAAAGAAACAAGAAGUUGUUUCUACAUUCCUCAUUCCACGCAAGAGAUAACAAAAGAAGAUAUGUAUCUUCUCAAAUUUUCACGCAACAAUUUGUUUAGCGGAUUUUCAGUUAUGAGAUUUUAUCUUUUGGAUUCUAUCUUCUACACAACUAGAUAUAAAUUCAUCAUCUUUUGGGAAGGAAAAACACGCACACAUACAAGGGAGUUCGUGAGAGUGAAGAAAAUAAUCGGGUUCGUCCAAGAUCGACAAGUUGAUAGGAAUUGAAGAAUUAUUGCGUUCGGAGGCGAAUUGAGGGUAGCGGCUACAUCAAUUCGGGUCUACAGUGCAUGAGUUUGGAUACUACCACCAAACUUCAGCGUAUAAACCUGUUCAUUGAAACUCUAAACGAAGCUAGCCCAGAGAAAUUACUUUACAUCUUUCAAGACAAACCACGUGAAGACUCAGAGAUGGGUGAUGAAAGAACCUUGAAGGAAUUAGAAGCUCCUAAGCUAGAUGAUGAGCCUCUCUGCAUUGUUUUUCCAACCUUGGAAAGACCUUUGAAGCUGAACUCAGGUUUUCUUAAUCUCCUUCCCAAAUUCUAUGGGAACGCAGGUGAGGAUCCUCAUAGACAUUUAAAAGAAUUUAUAGUUGUUUGUUCAACCAUGAAACCUGAAGGAAUUGAACAAAAUCAAGUAAGAUUGCAUGCUUUCCCAUUUUCCCUACAUGAUUUAGCUAAAGAUUGGUUGUAUACUAUGUCUUCUGGUUCCAUUACGACUUGGGACGCCUUACAAAAAGCUUUUCUGGAAAAAUUCUUUCCCGCAAGUCGUAUUGGAUCCAAAAAGAAAUAUGUGGAAUUAGACAACAUAAUUCAGAAUCACUUUAUGAAUAUUGGGAACGUUUUAAAAGAUUAUGUACCUCAUGUCCACAACAUCAAAUAACUGAUCAACUAUUGAUUCAAUAUUUUUAUGAUGUAUUGUUGCCUAACGAUAGGGGUAUGAUUGAUGCUGCUAGUGGUGGCGCAUUAGUAGACAAGACACCAACUCAGGCUAGGAAUUUAAUUGCUAACAUGGCCCAAAACACUCAACAACAUAGCACUAAAAUGAUGUUAAAAGGGUAAAUGAAAUUGACUUAAGUGGUGUUAAAUCUCAACUGCAAGAAAAUGCUCAACAAAUUGCUACUUUGACCACUUUAGUGUCUAAAAUUGUUGGUGGUAAUGAGUCUAAAGCUAGAGUAUGUGGUAUAUGUUCUGAGUUUUCUCAUGCAACUGAUGCUUGUCCUACUUUAAAAACUGAAGAUGUUAAUGCUUUAGGAGGUUUUUCCAAUCAAAGAAAAUAUGAUCCUUAUUCACAGACUUAUAAUGAAGGUUGGAAAGAUCACCCAAAUUUUAGGUAUGGAACUAGACCACAGUUUUCACAAACUAAUCAACCUAGGCAAUUUGGUGUACAAAACCCUCCACCCCAAUCUUCUGGCUCAUCUUUAGAAGACAUGAUGAAGCAACUUGCAACUCAAAUAGGCCAAGUACAUAACCAAAAUAUCGAGUACCAAAAGAAAACUGAUUCGCAUCUUCACCACCUUGAUACACAAAUUGGCCAGAUUUGUACUUCUUUAAGUAAUAUAGAAAGUCAGGUCUCAGGAAAACUACCAUCUCAACCUUUGCCGAAUCCAAAUAAACAAGUAAAUGCAGUGACAAUCAAUAGAAAAGCAACCAAGGGGCAACCUUUAAUACCUAUUAAUGAACAUGAAUUUGUUACUAAUCUAAAAGAAAUGCAAGAAAAUAGAAUUCCAUUAUUAGAUGCGAUAAAGGCGGUUCCUAAAUAUAGCAAGUUAUUCAAUGAACACUUCACUAAUUCAAAAAUAAACGAGAGUCAUCAAGUCUGUUUGACACCCAUUAUCCUACCACCCCCAAAGUGUGAGGAUCCUGGAUCAUUCUCGAUUCCAUGUAGGAUAGGUGGGCAUAUGUUUCUCCAAUGUAUGCUAGAUUUAGGUUCUGCAGUUAAUAUUAUGCCAGUUUCCUUUUAUGAUGAGUGUAAGAUGGGACCAUUAAAAACAUCUAAUGGGAUACUUACUAUGGCUGAUGGUAGUAAUGUUAACACAAUUGGAUUGCUUGACAAUGUUCUUAUUCAGAUUAGACACAUGUUCUUCCUAGUUGAUUUUGUAGUUCUUGAUACCAAGCAUGAGUCUAAAAUAUUGCUAGGCAGACCAUUCCUAAAAACUGCAAGGGCAUUGAUUGAUGUCGCUAAUGAUUAUGUUAUUCUUGAGAGCAAUGGGGAGCGAAUGCAGUUGAACAUAUUUGAGGAACAUACUUUUAAUAUAAAGGCAAAUGCUACUGAUUAUGCUACUUAUUGUCUUGCACAGGUUGGAGAAGCAAAUUUGGAGAUUUUAUUAGAUGAGAUGGCCAGCACUUUAGGCCUCGGAGAAUUGUUCCUAACUGCUCUAAAUGAGAGUAUUCUGCAGGAAUGAAGAGCAUCUUACGUCGAGCCAACGACAUAAACUAAAGGCGCUACUUGGGAGGCAACCCAAGAUUCAUUCUCUUUCCGCAGCAUUUAUUCUACUAGUGUUUUUUUUUUUCUUUUUAUUAUAUAUAUUUUUUUGGCAGAUGGCUUGCCAUGAGCAUGGUAGCACUAUACAACAUCAUGGCUGAGAAUUUGAUGCCUUCUUUGAAGAGAUAUUACACAACCAGCUAAGUUUUCUCCCAUAUUUUCAGUAUCGCGUUUCAUUGAGGACAAUGAAAAAUUUAAGUGUGGGGGAGGUUAAGUCUUUGUAUUAUUUGAUAUUAAUAUGCUAGAAAACAGGUUUUGACAUAGUUAUAAAAAGGGGGAUAUAUCCUGUUUUAGGGGAAGUGCUGCUAAAGUUUCUGUAGAUUUUUUUUAUUUAUUAUUUUGUUCAGUUACAAAAAAAAAAUUAUAUAUAUAUAUAAAAAAAAAAAAGAUUGUGUAUUAUGCUUGCAUUAGUUAUAGGACUUUAGUUGCAUUUAAUUUAGGAUUUCCACCUCUUAACUUCCUAAGAAAUGGCGAUUAGUAAGUUGAUAAGAAACUCUAAUCUAACUUGUGUUUGAAAUAAUUAAAAAAAAAAUUAUCGAAAUAAAAGAUUUUGGGAAUGUUAUAUAAUUGGAAACGGAUAAUCGAACUUGAGAGAUUUAUAAUACAAUUGAAAAAAAAAUUAUCUUGCUUCUCUUAAAUAAGCUGGCUAGAUAAAUAGACCAAACCUUGUGAGCUUCUGAGCCUAUUAGACUGACACAUCUGCAUCAGUCUCAUUAUUUUCUUUCUUGUGUGAUAGUUCCUCAAUGAAUGGCUCUUGAACUUGACUUGGUACUCUUUGAACUUUUGUGACAAUGCUAUGAAGAAAUGAUUUAGGCGUCCUUUUCAUUUUUAUAGCCUCAGAGAUUUUACUUCAUAUAAUAUUUCCUUUGUUUAGCCCUUCUGAGCCUUAAAAUCCCGUGUUUAUUUGCUAACCAUACAUUACAAACUUGCGGCCUCCUACAGAUUAUACCCAUGCUUGGCUAAGGGGAGCUAUUAUCUAUUGAGUUUGUAUUGUAAGAUUGUGUUAUGGUAGAGAUAUAUUGUUGAAAAAAAAAGAGAGAAAACAAGGGUUUGAAAAAAUUAUUAUUAUUGAAAAAUAUCAAAGAAAAUAAAUGUUUGAAAGUCAUAGAACGAUGAAAAUGCUAUGAAAUAUCCAUAUAAGUAUUAUAAUGGCAUUACAUGUGAAGGAUAUGGUGAAUAAUAUGAAAAGAAAAAAAAGUGGAGUUUGUUGUGAGUGGAACAUCAUAAGUCAUGUAUUUUUGCUCCCUUUAGCUCGGCUUAUAAUUAACUCCACAUUCCUAAAUAUUAUUCCUACCCUUUAGCCUUGGCCACGUUACAACCUUAUGAAAGACCUUUUGAUCUUUAUGCAUUAUGUCACUUCAAAGUGGAGAAUUGAGACGAUAGUCAAGUUUAAAGAAAUAUACUUCAUUUUGAGUCGACUCGGUUAUAGGUUUGAGUGAAUAUUAUUUAACCCCAGACACAUGAGAGUUGAGUGUUUUAUUUAUACCUGUGAGGGUCUAUUUAUUGAACUUGAUACGCAUACAUUUGUGGAUUCAUGCUGGAAAUUUUUGAGUUGGAAAGAUAACAAUUAGUUCAUGAAGUAUUAUGAGAUUUGAUAGUUCGAUUGUUUAAACACUAAGAGUAUGACAUCUCCAUUAACAUUUUCUAAACAUUAUUCUGACUAACUUUAAAAUGUUUUAGUUUCUUGUAGUGUGCUUAUCUAAUUUCGUUAUUUCCGACAAAGAAAAUUGAGGUGGUAUAUUAGGUCUUGCAUUUAGUUUCUGUCAUUAGAAUAUCCAUGUUUGCUAGUUGGUUUGGGAAACUAUGUUAAUAAGGCUUUGUGGGUAUGCCAUCUGAAAAUCCUCACGAGACCUUACUCGUCCACUAGGGUAGCCUAGGGGUUUAAAGGGCUUGUUGCACAUGAAGUGCAAUCGUGAUUCCUACGAAGUGAGUUAGGUUUAUUGCUUUCCUAGUAUAGUUUUACUUUUAUUUUAGUAGUAUUUUGAUCGAGGGCGAUCAAAAGCUAAGUAUGGGGGAAUUUGAUAAGCGCAUAUAUGUCUAUAUUUUUGUCCCCUAAAAUUAGUCUUAUGGUUGUUUCUAUGUGUUAUUUUAUAAUAUUUAUUGACUUUUAUUAAUAAUGACUUAUUUAUGUCCAUAUUAUAUUUUAUUGAAUAAUUAGCUUAAAUAUGUGUUAUUUUAUUAUAGGUAUUUUACAAGUUCACUUUGCUAAAGGAAGAAAACAAGACUAGAAGAAAGAAGAGAACAAAAGAAAAGAAAAAAAAUAAAAUAAUAAAGUGAGCAAACUCACGUGAGGUUGGAAGUAAAAGAAAGAAAACAAAGGGAUUGUAACCCUCCUUAUCUGUAUACUCAGCAAAACUAAAGAAACAUACAUUCCUCAUUCCACGCAAGAGAUAACAAAAGAAGAUAUGUAUCUUCUCAAAUUUUCACGCUACAAUUUGUUUAGCGGAUUUUCAGUUAUGAGAUUUUAUCUUUUGGAUUC